AUGUGUCUCCCUUUCCAUCUCUCUUUCUCUGUCUCUCCCUUUCCGUCUCUCUUUCUCUGUCUCUCCCUUUCCGUCUCUCUUUCUCUGUCUCUCCCUUUCCGUCUCUCUUUCUCUGUCUCUCCCUUUCCGUCUCUCUUUCUCUGUCUCUCCCUUUCCGUCUCUCUACCUCUCCUCUCUCUCUACCUCUCCCCUCCCCCUCCCUCCCCUCGCCCUGUCUCCGUCUCUGUCUCCUGUCUCUACCUCUCCCCCUCCCUCGCCUGCUCCCCCCCAGCUCUCUCUGUUUCUGUGUGUGUGUUUCUUUCUCUCUGUCUCCUCCUGUAUGUGCGUGCAUGUGUGUGCAUAUGUUUUCCUUUAUCUUUGUCACCAUCUUUUCUUUUCCUAUUCCAUCUCAUUAUCUCCCUUUCCCCUCUCAAUUCCACCCCUCCCUAUCUGCCUCUCCUCUUUCUCCCUACCUCUCUUUUGUGUGGGACUGACAAUUUUCAAAUUGUUUUUCACUUUUCUCCUCACAAAAACAAAACCCAUAUUGUCUCAUACCUUACAGACCUACUACUCUCUCAAGUAUCAUUGUUGUGA